AUGAGAGCUUGCAUUGUAAAGAGAUCACUGUCUACCGGCGUGAAGCCGAAUCAAUCAGCAUCAACUUCAACGUCGACAUUAGCAUCGUCAUCGGGGGCAACCAAUAACGAUUCGUCGGCUCUACGGUUCUAUGGCAACACCGGUGAGUCUGCGUCGUCUGCUGAGCGUAUGCGUCAGGUGUUUGGAGGUCGUUUGGAUGGUUCUGGCCGUGAGGCGUCCUCACGUCGUGAUGUCAAUGCUCCGAGGCUAAUAGCUGGUGUGCUGGUUCCUCAUAAGCCUAUAGAGCCUGAUAACUGCUGCAUGUCAGGGUGUGUCAACUGUGUCUGGGAGCAGUAUAACGACGAUAUCCGUGAUUGGAGGAAGAAGCGUAACUUGGCUGCUGAGAAACUGAACCAGACUGAAGAUAUCUGGCCAAAGGACUUCGACCCUCCUCUAAAGGCCUUAGACUUCAAGAACGUACCAAGGGAGCUGAGAUCCGCAAAGCGUAAACUCGGCUCAGGGAAGAGGUUGUCGAGUAGUGCGUACUUCCCAACAAAGGGUGCACCAGGUGCCCAGAAUCUAAAGGCAUCGAAUGACGAAGAUGUCGAUGCUAACGAUGACGAAGCUUGGGGGAGUGUGCCUGUUCAUUUUAAAGUAUUUGCAGAGACUGAAAAAAGAGUGAAGGCCAAGAAGCUAUUACAAAAGAAGAAACAACUCGAGCAAGAGAAGGCUGCGUCUACAGCUUCCAUAAAGGCUUCUAACUCUUGA